UGCUGAUUUGGACGGGACGAAGGAGAUUUCCUCCGUGGGUCUCUCUCUCUCUCUCUUUCAGCACUCAUCAUUCGAACACGGAUUGAACGACGUGGUGCCUUAUACUGUCUAGUUGUGAAAGAGCACCACCAGUCCUUCAUUGCAUGCAUGCAGUGCCUAGAAUUCUUGAUUUUGCACAUUUUGAAUAGUUGGAAAGAAUAGCCAAAACGAUGGGAAGGGUGAGGCGACUUCCGGAGCCGAAAACCGGUAGCAGUAACCCAUUUGUAUACGACAUUGAAUACACUCCAUGGAUGCGCUUCAAGUUGCUGACAGGAGCUCUCAUCAUGUUCCCCAUCCGAUUAUUGUUGAGCUUCAUCAUCGUUCCGAUCGUUCUUAUCUGUGUCCGGCUGGGUGGUAUGGGCUGGAAGACUGGCCAGCAUCUGAAGCCAUGGCAAAAAUUCCUAAUGCUGAGCAUUACGCCGCGAGUUGUCCGUGCCUGGACUUUCCUUGUAUUUGGCUACUACACGAUCACGGUAAAAGGAAAACGCGCCAAGCUCUCGGAAGCACCGAUCGUUAUCAUUACUCCGCACUCCCAUGUUAUGGACUCGUGGAUGUUGAGCUUGUUCUGCUGGGGUUCUUCAAUGUCGCGGAGAGAAAAUGAAAACCUCCCAAUUCUUGGAACUUGCUUGAAAUCCUGCGAGCCAAUCUGGGUGGACCGAACUUCGGCCAAGGGUAAAAGCGUUGUUGAUGAAGUCAUCAGCCGCGUCACCUCUCCCGGCCAGUGGAUCCCAGUUGUCAUCUUCCCUGAAGGAACUGUGCAUAAUACAGAGGCUGUGAUUGGCUUUAAGACUGGUGCAUUCCGACCUGGUGUUCCAGUACAGCCCGUGCUGCUACGCUACGCCAUGCCUGCCAUUGGCAUCUGGAGUCACUUUGGACAUUCGCUGCCUAUGACGCUGCUACUGGUCAUGUGUAAAUGGAGUAACGAUCUUGAAGUUGAGUAUUUACCUCCUUACAAUCCGUCAGAAGAGGAGAAGAAAGACGCCCAACUCUACGCAAUGAACGUCCGUGAUGUGGUAGCAAAAGAAUUGGACAAGCCAAAGACCGACUAUGCUUUGGAGGACCUUCGCCUGGUGCAGUGGUGUUUUGAUGCUGGCUUGCCUAACGAUGCCGGGCUGGUUGAGUACAAUAUGAUGAGCAGAGUGUUCAAUGUGCGUCUGUCUGACCUGAAGGUCAUCGUUGAGCGCUUCAUUAGUAUGAACACGAGCAAGAGUGGUGUGGUGAGCUGUGAAGAGUUCCUGUCCUAUCUGCAAUGGCCCGUCCAGGAUCAUGCUCAGCUCCUCUUUACUGAGUAUGACACAUGUUCAGACAAUGGUAGACUGCGCUUCCGAGAGUACGCUGUUGGCACAUUUGAUCUAGUUAUGAAAGUGCCAGGCGGCGACAGCAUCGCCUCGCAAGCAUACAAGGCUCUCAGUGGUGGUGGCAACAAGCUAUCUGCCAGCAGUAUGUUUGAUUACAUGCAGCGUCAUGGCCACUCCAAUGUUAGCAAGGACAGCGUCGAGAAGUUCUUGUACAAGAUGUCGCAGAGUCACGACUUGAGUGAAAGCGGAUUGUCAGCGUAUCUUGAAGGCAGUCCGGACCUGAAGGUACUGCUGUUCUGGCUUUUGAAUGGCACUGACAAACUCUAGGAUGACACCGUGGUGUCAGUGUGCCUGUACCAUUGCUCUGGCUAGCAGCUGCCACCAGUGCUAUGUGCUGUUAAUCAAAUUUAUCAUUUCCCCUUUAAUUUAAUCUCGCAUGUUGCGAAUUGCUGCUGGUCUAUUUUACCGGCAUUAGUGAUGCAAUCUAUUCAUCGUGAGAGAGAACCCCCCCCCCCCCCCCCCCAAGACACUUGAUUUAUUUUGUUGAUUUAGUAACUUAUUUGCUUUCCUGGUGUAAACAUAUUUACGAUUGUGGCGAAGCCUUGAUAAUGUUGAGUUCCUUGAAAAGAUUAUGCCAAAAGUG